UUUGAAUUAUAAACGUGCGCUGGCGCAUUGCCAGCCCGCGGUGCGCAUGCGUGAGCUAAAUAACUCUACGAUUUUUCACCUCUUUCUCUUCCCAAAACUGAAAGUCGCAACACAUACUGCGAUGCUCAAUUAGUGCGACUUUAGUGGAGUUAUACGUACUUAGUGAAAGUGAUUAAGUGUUAAGUGUAAGUUGGAAGUGUAGUUAGUGUAGUCAUGUCGCCGAAGUUGCCGGUGCCCCCGCUGCAGGAGCUGUCGCUGUCGCUGGUGGCGCGCCAGCUCAUCCACGCGCUCUCCCGCGUCACCUCCGACGAGGACUCCGCGCUGGAGUUCGCCAUGGUCUCCUCCUACUACGAGAGCAUGGGAGCCACCAGCGACAUCUUCCAAGAUCUCAUUAACCUGAUCCUCAGUUCAGAAUACCUCGAUCCAUCUGUUAGAUACUACACCAUGAAACUAUUGCUCAAAGAAAAUGUCAAGAGUUUAGCGACAGGAAUUUUCCCCUGUCCCUAUUAUAGAAAAGUCCUUGAGCUCAUUACCGAGCAAGGCCAUCACCUGACUGCUCUCAAUUUAAAAGGUGUGUGGGUUAAGGACGAGCUCUUGCCAGUAAUGUAUCAGUUACUUAAAAAUAUACCGGGGUUGACUUGCUUGAAUAUCCCUUACAUAGCCAAUGAUGAAGUGCUCAAAUAUAUCGGUAAAUAUAAUAAAGUAUUGAAGUUGCUGGACAUAUCGGGAGAGACUGACAUCACAGAAAUUGGAAUAGAUGCAAUGUUAACAGGGAACCCACAGUUAAUCCAGAGUCUGACCGUCGUAAACAUCGGAAUGUACGGCGAGGAGAACAUAGAUCACACAGAUGUCGCAUUAUUAAUACGAAAGCUGCCAAACCUCACAAAUCUUGGCAGUUAUUCGUUUGUUGGUAAAUCUAUUUACCACUUAUACAACACAGACUGCCCACCAGACUUCAAAACAAAACUGCAAUACGUUCAUGAUGUGCAGACGAACUUGAGGACCAUGAAGGCGAUACUGGCCUUGUGUCCUAUGAUAGACACCAUUUACCUCGAGGAGCCGGACCCUAACGUGCUGCAGCUGAUCAAAGACUUGAGCUACAUAACUAAGAUUAAGCUAAACAAAUUCCAAUGCCAUGAACUGCACCAGUUAUUAGAUAAAAUUGGUCAUAAAAUAGUUACUUUGAUGCUCUCUGGGUCUUCGGGUUCCUUCAACUUUACUAGAGUAGCAGAGACUUGCAGAAACUUGGAAAGUUUAGAGUUCUACCAGAUCCAGACUGCGACCCAUGAGGAAGAAAUACCGUUUAACAAGUUGGAACAUAUUGAGAUUAUUCAGGGUAAUUUGUCGACGUCAUGUCUCAAAUAUUUGAUGACUGGUAGUCCAAAGCUAAAGAAAUUGAUUAUCGGCGAUGAAAUAAAGCUGGACGACAAUGAUAUGUCGCGGAUGCUUCGUAGAUACAAAUUCGAGAAUCUGGAAGGUAUUUGGUUCCCCAAUGCUCCAAGACUCACGAGGGACACAGUGGAAUUGCUGAUGGAAUGCUGCCCCAAACUCCAGAGCCUCGGCCAGCUGAGUGGCUGGAGGUACACCCCUGACGACAUGAUGCUGAUGAGGGCAAUCAUAGCCAGUACUAACACAGACCUUGUACUGUCACCUCUCGGCAUCUUCCAGCAAGGGAAUUAGGGUAUAAAUUAUCGAGAUAAUCGUAUAUUAUGAUAUGAACUGCGGAAAAUUAGAUAGGAAUUAAUUACUAGACACAAUUGUUACGGAAAACCCUAUAUUUACUGUUUUUAUUGAGCUAUCUAACGUCUUGAUUUUUUAUCUGCCUUUUUAUACAAGAUAGCCAUAAUGGAAAUGGAAAAAGAAAUUUUAUCCGCUUCGGUUAGACUGUUUUGGAAGUUGGGACUUUCUGAAUACGUGUCUAGUCUAUGGCAAUUUAUAGGUAAAGCUUUGUGCAUUUGUUUUGUAUAUUUCUGAUAAAAUUGAAAGAUUUUUUUACGAAGAAUAGUUAAAAAUAAUAAGUUGGCCUUCUAUUGUGUAAAAUGUACAACUAUGUACAUUUAAAACAAAAUAUUAACGCUCUAGUCAAUAAACUUAUUAAUUUUAAUUGUAUUUAC